UUUGGCUGUUCUUUCUGUCCAUACUCUUGUAAACGCAUUUACAACAUGAAACAACACGUUCAGCGACAUUACCCUAAUCCGAAGCAAGAAUGCAAACUUUGCGGCAGCAAGUUCCUUAGAACCCAAGAACUUAAGAGACACGUGAAUUCAAUACACAAUCCGCGUAGAUUCGCCUGCGAGCAGUGUGAGAAGCGUUUCAAUCGUCGUGAUAUUCUCAAUAGGUAA